GGUGUUUUGUUUGAAAUGUUCUUGAUUCUUUCUUUCUUUUCCUGCAGGCAACAAUUGGCAUUGACUUCUUAUCGAAAACCAUGUAUUUGGAGGAUCGAACAGUACGGUUGCAAUUAUGGGACACAGCAGGUCAAGAACGGUUCAGGAGCUUGAUUCCUAGCUACAUUCGUGACUCCACUGUUGCAGUUGUUGUUUAUGAUAUCACAAAUGUCAACUCGUUCCAGCAAACAACAAAAUGGAUCGACGAUGUCAGAACGGAACGGGGCAGCGAUGUCAUCAUUAUGCUGGUGGGAAAUAAAACAGAUCUAGCAGAUAAGAGGCAAGUGUCCAUUGAGGAAGGAGAAAGAAAAGCCAAAGAGCUGAAUGUAAUGUUCAUUGAAACUAGUGCAAAAGCAGGAUACAAUGUAAAACAGGUGAGUAAUGCAUCCAGCCCUCACACUGCUUCUGGUGGUGCACCUUUGUGACAGUAAGAUCUGCUC